AAAAAGUUAAAAUCAACUCACAUCAGAGGAGGGAGGGAGAGAGGGGGAGAAUACGCCCUGGAAACUUGGUUGAUCGAGAAAAAGGAAAGGAGUGACAGAAUCCUAACAGACUGCAGAGCUGGGACUGGAAGAAGUGCUUUUGGACUGGGAACUUGACACGUUUUCCAGGAUGCUCAAGCUGGAGUGAGGCUUCUUGAGCGCACAGACUGCGCAAAGAAGUCGAGAAAAGAGAACCACAGCAACAGACUGAAGCCCUCGGCAUUGCUUGAGCAAUCCAAGGGACAACCAAGGUAGACUUUCCCGUGUACAAAGGCUGCAAUAGUGGAAAGCAAAAAAGAAAGAUGGCUGAAGAGGAAGACACCAGGGAAGUGCUCUUUCCAGACUGGGAGGGUGCAGAAGAAACUGGCUUGACCAUUGAACGGACGAGUGAAGGAGAAAUCUUUGUAAAGGAGGUGAAAGGAGAGUCACCUGCAGCACGGUCUGGACAAGUAUAUGAAGGUGACCAAAUUGUGGGAGCCACUAUCUACUUUGAUAACAUGAGCUCAGAAGAAACAGCUGACCUACUAAAGACGUUGAACCGCCACAAGGUUGGACUGAAACUACAAAACAAAUCCCCUUGCUGCUCGCCCUUGAGCACACCAUGUCGUUCACCAAUGGGUACACUGACAUGGGAAGGGAAGACCCGGUUUGGAGGUUCCAGUCCAGACAUCAUCCUUAGUGGUGAUGAUGAGGACUAUAAGAGAAUAUACACAAAGAAAAUCAAACCAAGGCUGAAGUCUGAGGACCUUGCAGAAGGAGUUGAUGUUCGUACAGAGCGGCACAGCAGCACAAGCACUGAUGGCAGCACAAUUACUACCAUCACCCGCCGCAUUACUACCUACACAGUGGAUAUGCCAAGUGGCACAAGUGAGCAGCUUGAGGUUUCAAGCACAGAGUUCAAGGGGCCAAGGAACGAAUCUGCAGAUGGCUCUCCUCGUUUCAGAAUCUCACAUGGCAGCCCUUCAGGUAAAGAGGGAACAGAGGAGGGAGUUUUCGAGUCAGGCAAUGUCUCUUACACUGGGCCACAUGUUAGCUCCACAGAGACACGGUGGGGCAGUGGGGGUGUUAAGACCACAACAAAUACAAGAGAGAUAGAACAAGAAAGAAGCGCAGGUCUCAGAUUUAAAGGACCAAACUUUGGAAUAACAGGUGGUAGCCAGGCAGGUUUUGAGAUCUCAAAAGGAGGUGGAGAGCAAGGAGAUGGAGGCACCCAGUUGUCUAAAGCAGGCAUGACACUAAGAGACAGCACAAACACUGGGAGUAAGCAUGUUACAAUAGGAGGGAUAGGAGGUGCAGAGGUAAUCUCUGCUGACGAGAAUGGAGGAUCAGUAAUAACAAUUGGCACUGUUAAAUCGGGAUAUUCCUCAAGGCCUGCCAAGAUUUCAGUGGCAGGUGUGGAUGUACGUGGUGUACCAAAGACUGAGGGAGAAAUGAAGGCACCGAUAGUAGACGUCAAAGGUUCAGAUUUAAAUAUUGAGGGAAAUGAAGGGGAUUUCAAAAUGCCUCAGAUAAAGAUACCAUCAUUUGGUGGUCAUGGGGUUGCUAUUAAAGCACCAACAGCUGGUGUUGAAAGCAUUGAUUUAAAAAUCAAAGGAACCAAACCUGAUAUUGACAUUAAAGCACCAGAAAUUGAUGUCAAAACCACUGUGGUUGGCAUUAAAGGGGACAAAGUUGAUAUGGAACGGUCAGAUGCAAACAUUAAUAUCCCAAAAAUGGAUAUUAACAUUGAGGGACAUGAAGCUGGACCCAAUGGCCUGAAAGAUACAAAAUUUCAAGCUGAUGUGUCUGUACCAAAAAUGAAAGCAGGUAAAAAGAUUGUAAAAACUCAUGAGAUUGAUGUUAAAUCUCCAGUGAUUGAUGCAAAACUGAAAGCACCUCAGGUUGAUUUUGGAGGUCCAAAGAUCCCAAAUCUUGACUUCAAACUAAAAGGUCCUAGAGUUGAGGGAAAUGUCGAUGCUUCACUUCCAAAGAUUGAAGGAGGCAUAACAACUUCUGAGGUGGACAUUGAAGGGAAAGGAUUUGACAUUGAGGGCAAAAAAGGUGGAUUUAAAAUGCCUUCAUUUAAAAUGCCGUCACUCAACAUAAAGGGUCCAAACACAGAGGGCGCAGACGUUGAUCUGUCCCUUCCAAAAGCGAAAGUUGAUGUUCCAGGUUCUGACAUUGACAUCAAAUUACCAGAGGUAGAUAUUGAAGGACCAAAACUCAAAGGACCUAAAUUGAAUAUGCCGACAAUGCCAGAUGUGGAUUUCAAAAUAAAAGGUCCAAAAACCGAGGGAGACAUAAGAGCCCCUAAAGUUGUUGUUAACCUCUCAGAAGCAAAUGUUGACAUUAAAGCCCCCAAAUUGGAUAUCAAAGGACCAAAGGUUGACUUACCGAGUUCUAGUGGGAAGAUAAAGGGACCUACAUUCAAGAUACCAAACAUCUCAGGACCAAAAAUCUCCAUGCCAGAUGUGGAUGUUAAUCUGAAAGGGCCCACGCUCAAAGGUUCCGUGGAUAUGUCAGUUCCAAAGAUUGAAGGAGACCUCAAAACACCCGAUGUUGACAUCAAAGGUCCACAGAUUGAUAUUGGAAGACCCAUGGGUGGAUUUGAAAUGCCAAAAAUCAAAAUGCCAACAUUUGGUAUUAAAUCCCCCGAGAUGGAUGUCAAAGGUCCCGAACUCAACAUGCCAGUGAAGACAUUUGACAUUAAAGGUGACAUCAAAACUCCCCAGGUUGACUUUGAAGGACCAGAAAUUGACAUUGAGGGAUCAAAAGGAGGAUUCAAAAUUCCCAAAUUUAAAAUGCCAGGCUUUGGAGUGAAAGAUCAAAAGCUUGAAGGGCCCGAAGUUGAUGUAGGCUUGCCAGGAACUGAUAUUGAUAUUAAAGGCCCAAGAUUUGAUAUCGAAGGACCAGAGGUUGACCUUGAGGGUCCUAGUGGCAAGAUCAGGGGGCCAAGAUUCCAAAAGCCAACCAUCACCGGACCAAAGAUCAGUAUGCCAGAUAUUGACUUAAAUCUGAAAGGGCCUUCAUUUAAAGGAGAUAUGUCACUUCCAAAGUUUGAAGGAGACAUAAAAGCACCUGGUGUUGAUAAAGACGCUCCAGAGAUUGAUCUUAAAGGCCCCAAGGUUGAUGUUUCGGGCCCAAAAGGUGGAUUUGACAUGCCUCAUAUAAAAAUGCCUUCCUUUGGCUUCAAGGGCCCUAAAUUGGAGGGUCCAGAUAUUGAUGUAAACCUUCCAAAAGCUAAUAUUGAUGUGAACGUACCUAAGGUUGACAUUAAAGGCCCAGAAAUUGACAUUGAAGGUCCUAAUGCAAAAUUCAAAACCCCCAACAUAAAAAUGCCAUCACUGUCAGGACCCAAGCUUCAAGAGUGGGACCUUAGUCUAAAGGGGCCAAAAAUGAAGGGAGAUGUUGAUGUGUCUGUUCCAAAGAUCGAAGGUGAUAUCAGAGCUCCCAAAAUUGACAUUGAAGGACCAGAUGUUGACAUUGAGGGGCCAAAAGGAGGAUUCAAAAUGCCUAAAUUUAAAAUGCCAGGCUUUGGAGUGAAAGGUCCAAAACUUGAAGGUCCAGAAGUUGAUGUCAGCUUGCCGGAUGUUGACCUUGAGGGUCCUAGUGGCAAUAUCAAGGGAACCAAAUUCAAAAUGCCAACCAUCAGCGGACCAAAGAUCAGUAUGCCAGAUGUUGACUUCAAUCUGAAAGGGCCCUCAUUUAAAGGAGAUAUGUCACUUCCAAAGUUUGAAGGAGACUUAAAAGCACCUGGUGUUGAUAUCGACGCUCCAGAGAUUGAUCUUAAAGGCCCCAAGGUUGAUGUUUCGGGUCCAAAAGGUGAAUUUGAAAUGCCUCAUAUAAAAAUGCCUUCCUUUGGCUUCAAGGGACCUAAAUUGGAGGGUCCAGAUGUUGAUGUAAACCUUCCAAAAGCAAAUAUUGAUGUGAACAUACCUAAGGUUGACAUUAAAAGCCCAGAAAUUGACAUUGAAGGACCAGAUGUUGACAUUGAGGGGCCAAAAGGAGGAUUCAAAAUGCCUAAAUUUAAAAUGCCAGGCUUUGGAGGGAAAGGUCCAAAACUUGAAGGACCAGAAGUUGAUGUCAGCUUGCCGGAUGUUGACCUUGAGGGUCCUAGUGGUAAUAUCAAGGGAACUAAAUUCAAUAUGCCAACCAUCACCGGACCAAAGAUCAGUAUGCCAGAUGUUGACUUAAAUCUGAAAGGGCCUUCAUUUAAAGGUGAUAUGUCACUUCCGAAGUUUGAAGGAGACUUAAAAGCACCCGGUGUUGAUAUCAAUGCUCCAAAGAUUGAUCUUAAAGGCCCCAAGGUUGAUGUUUCAGGUCCAAAAGGUGGAUUUGACAUGCCUCAUAUAAAAAUGCCUUCCUUUGGCUUCAAAGGCCCUAAAUUGGAGGGUCCUGAUGUUGAUGUAAACCUUCCAAAAACUAGUAUUGAUGUUAACCUACCUAAAGUUGACAUUAAAGGGCCAGAAAUUGACAUUGAAGGUCCUGAUGCCAAAUUCAAAACACCUAAAAUUAAAAUGCCAUCACUGUCAGGACCCAAGCUUCCAGAGUGGGACCUUAGUCUGAAGGGGCCCAAAAUGAAGGGAGAUAUUGAUGUGUCUGUUCCAAAGAUCGAAGGUGAUAUCAGAGCUCCAAAGGUUGACAUUGAAGGACCAGAUGUUGACAUUGAGGGGCCAAAAGGAGGAUUCAAAAUGCCUAAAUUUAAAAUGCCAGGCUUUGGAGUGAAAGGUCCAAAACUUGAAGGUCCAGAAGUUGAUGUCAGCUUGCCGGAUGUUGACCUUGAGGGUCCUAGUGGCAAUAUCAAGGGAACCAAAUUCAAAAUGCCAACCAUCAGCGGACCAAAGAUCAGUAUGCCAGAUGUUGACUUGAAUCUGAAAGGGCCCUCAUUUAAAGGAGAUAUGUCACAUCCAAAGUUGGAAGGAGACUUUAAAGCACCUGAUGUGGAUAUCGACGCUCCAGAGAUUGAUCUUAAAGGCCCCAAGGUUGAUGUUUCGGGUCCAAAAGGUGGAUUUGAAAUGCCUCAUGUAAAAAUGCCUUCAUUUGGCUUCAAGGGCCCUAAAUUGGAGGGUCCAGAUGUUGAUGUAAACCUUCCAAAAGCUAAUAUUGAUGUAAACGUACCUGAGGUUGACAUUAAAGGCCCAGAAAUUGACAUUGAAGGUCCUGAUGCAAAAUUCAAAACACCCAAGAUAAAAAUGCCAUCACUGUCAGGACCCAAGCUUCCAGAUUGGGACCUUAGUCUAAAGGGGCCCAAAAUGAAGGGAGAUGUUGAUGUGUCUGUUCCAAAGAUCGAAGGUGACGUCAGAGCUCCCAAAAUUGACAUUGAAGGACCAGAUGUUGACAUUGAGGGUCCAAAAGGAGGAUUCAAAAUGCCUAAAUUUAAAAUGCCAGGCUUUGGAGUGAAAGGUACAAAACUUGAAGGACCAGAAGUUGAUGUCAGCUUGCCAGAUGUUGACCUUGAGGGUCCUAGUGGCAAUAUCAAAGGAACCAAAUUCAAAAUGCCAACCAUCAGCGGACCAAAGAUCAGUAUGCCAGAUGUUGACUUCAAUCUGAAAGGGCCCUCAUCUAAAGGAGAUAUGUCACUUCCAAAGUUUGAAGGAGACUUAAAAGCACCUGAUGUUGAUAUCAACGCUCCAGAGAUUGAUCUUAAAGGCCCCAAGGUUGAUGUUUCGGGUCCAAAAGGUGGAUUUGAAAUGCCUCAUAUAAAAAUGCCUUCCUUUAGCUUCAAGGGCCCUAAAUUGGAGGGUCCAGAUGUUGAUGUAAACCUUCCAAAGGCUAGUAUUGAUGUUAACCUACCUAAGGUUGACAUUAAAGGCCCAGAAAUUGACAUUGAAGGUCCUGAUGCAAAAUUCAAAACCCCCAACAUAAAAAUGCCAUCACUGUCAGGACCCAAGCUUCCUGAUUUGGACCUUAGUGUAAAGGGGCCCAAAAUGAAGGGAGAUGUUGAUGUGUCUGUUCCAAAGAUCGAAAGUGACAUCAGAGCUCCCAAAAUUGACAUUGAAGGACCAGAUGUUGACAUUGACGGGCCAAAAAGUGGAUUCAAAAUGCCUAAAUUUAAAAUGCCAGGCUUUGGAGUGAAAGGUCCAAAACUUGAAGGUCCAGAAGUUGAUGUCAGCUUGCCGGAUGUUGACCUUGAGGGUCCUAGUGGCAAUAUCAAGGGAACCAAAUUCAAAAUGCCAACCAUCAGCGGACCAAAGAUCAGCAUGCCAGAUGUUGACUUCAAUCUGAAAGGGCCCUCAUUUAAAGGAGAUAUGUCACUUCCAAAGUUGGAAGGAGACUUAAAAGCACCUGGUGUUGAUAUCGACGCUCCAGAGAUUGAUCUUAAAGGCCCCAAGGUUGAUGUUUCGGGUCCAAAAGGUGGAUUUGAAAUGCCUCAUAUAAAAAUGCCUUCCUUUGGCCUGAAGGGCCCUAAAUUGGAGGGUCCAGAUAUUGAUGUAAACCUUCCAAAGGCUAGUAUUGAUGUUAACCUACCAAAGGUUGACAUUAAAGGCCCUGAAAUUGACAUUGAAGGUCCUGAUGCAAAAUUCGAAACCCCUAACAUAAAAAUGCCAUCACUGUCAGGACCCAAGCUUCCUGAUUGGGACCUUAGUCUAAAGGGGCCCAACAUGAAGGGAGGUGUUGAUGUGUCUAUUCCAAAGAUCGAAGGUGACAUCAAAGCUCCCAAAAUUGACAUUGAAGGACCAGAUGUUGACAUUGAGGGGCCAAAAGGAGGAUUCAAAAUGCCUAAAUUUAAAAUGCCAGGCUUUGGAGUGAAAGGUCCAAAACUUGAAGGUCCAGAAGUUGAUGUCAGCUUGCCGGAUGUUGACCUUGAGGGUCCUAGUGGCAAUAUCAAGGGAACCAAAUUCAAAAUGCCAACCAUCACCGGACCUAAGAUCAGUAUGCCAGAUGUUGACUUCAAUCUGAAAGGGCCCUCAUUUAAAGGAGAUAUGUCACUUCCAAAGUUUGAAGGAGACUUAAAAGCACCUGGUGUUGAUAUCGACGCUCCAGAGAUUGAUCUUAAAGGCCCCAAGGUUGAUGUUUCGGGUCCAAAAGGUGGAUUUGAAAUGCCUCAUAUAAAAAUGCCUUCCUUUGGCUUCAAGGGACCUAAGUUGGAGGGUCCUGAUGUUGAUGUAAACCUUCCAAAAGGUAAUGUUGAUGUGAACCUACCUAAGGUUGACAUUAAAGGCCCAGAAAUUGACAUUGAAGUACCAGAUGUUGACAUUGAGGGGCCAAAAGGAGGAUUCAAAAUGCCUAAAUUUAAAAUGCCAGGCUUUGGAGUGAAAGGUCCAAAACUUGAAGGUCCAGAAGUUGAUGUCAGCUUGCCUGAUGUUGACCUUGAGGGUCCUAGUGGCAAUGUCAAGGGAACCAAAUUCAAAAUGCCAAGCAUCAGCGGACCAAAGAUCAAUAUGCCAGAUGUCGACUUCAAUCUGAAAGGGCCCUCAUUUAAAGGAGAUAUGUCACUUCCAAAGUUUGAAGGAGACAUAAAAGCACCUGUUGUUGAUAUCGACGCUCCAGAGAUUGAUCUUAAAGGCCCCAAGGUUGAUUUUUCGGGUCCAAAAGGUGGAUUUGAAAUGCCUCAUAUAAAAAUGCCUUCAUUUGGCCUGAAGGGCCCUAAAUUGGAGGGUCCAGAUGUUGAUGUAAACCUUCCAAAAACUAAUAUUGAUGUGAACGUACCUAAGGUUGACAUUAAAGGCCCAAAAAUUGACAUUGAAGGUCCUAAUGCAAAAUUCAAAACCCCAAACAUAAAAAUGCCAUCACUGUCAGGACCCAAGCUUCCAGAAUGGGACCUUAGUCUAAAGGGGCCCAACAUGAAGGGAGGUGUUGAUGUGUCUAUUCCAAAGAUCGAAGGUGACAUCAAAGCUCCCAAAAUUGACAUUGAAGGACCAGAUGUUGACAUUGAGGGGCCAAAAGGAGGAUUCAAAAUGCCUAAAUUUAAAAUGCCAGGCUUUGGAGUGAAAGGUCCAAAACUUGAAGGUCCAGAAGUUGAUGUCAGCUUGCCGGAUGUUGACCUUGAGGGUCCUAGUGGCAAUAUCAAGGGAACCAAAUUCAAAAUGCCAACCAUCAGCGGACCAAAGAUCAGUAUGCCAGAUGUUGACUUCAAUCUGAAAGGGCCCUCAUUUAAAGGAGAUAUGUCACUUCCAAAGUUUGAAGGAGACUUAAAAGCACCUGGUGUUGAUAUCGACGCUCCAGAGAUUGAUCUUAAAGGCCCCAAGGUUGAUGUUUCGGGUCCAAAAGGUGAAUUUGAAAUGCCUCAUAUAAAAAUGCCUUCCUUUGGCUUCAAGGGACCUAAAUUGGAGGGUCCAGAUGUUGAUGUAAACCUUCCAAAAGCAAAUAUUGAUGUGAACAUACCUAAGGUUGACAUUAAAAGCCCAGAAAUUGACAUUGAAGGACCAGAUGUUGACAUUGAGGGGCCAAAAGGAGGAUUCAAAAUGCCUAAUUUUAAAAUGCCAGGCUUUGGAGUGAAAGGUCCAAAACUUGAAGGACCUGAUGUUGAUGUCAGCUUGCCAGGAACGGAUAUUGAUAUUAAAGCUCCUGGAUUGGAUAUCAAAGGACCAGAAGUCGACCUGGAGAGUCCUAGUGGCAAAAUCAAGGGAACUAAAUUCAAAAUGCCAAGCAUCAGCGGACCAAAAUUCAGUAUGCCAGAUGUGGACUUCAAUCUGAAAGGGCCUUCAUUUAAAGGAGAUAUGUCACUUCCAAAGUUGGAAGGAGACAUAAAAGCACCUGAUGUUGAUAUCAAUGCUCCAGACUUUAAUAUUCAAGGUCCAAAAGGUGGAUUUGACAUGCCUCAUAUAAAAAUGCCUUCCUUUGGCUUCAAGGGCCCUAAAUUGGAGGGUCCAGAUGUUGAUGUAAACCUUCCAAAAGCUAAUAUUGAUGUGAAGGUACCUAAGGUUGACAUUAAAGGCCCAGAAAUUGACAUUGAAGGACCAGAUGUUGACAUUGAGGGGCCAAAAGGAGGAUUCAAAAUGCCUAAAUUUAAAAUGCCAGGCUUUGGAGUGAAAGGUCCAAAACUUGAAGGACCUGAUGUUGAUGUCAGCUUGCCAGGAACGGAUAUUGAUAUUAAAGCUCCUGGAUUGGAUAUCAAAGGACCAGAAGUCGACCUGGAGAGUCCUAGUGGCAAAAUCAAGGGAACUAAAUUCAAAAUGCCAAGCAUCAGCGGACCAAAGAUCAGUAUGCCAGAUGUGGACUUCAAUCUGAAAGGGCCUUCAUUUAAAGGAGAUAUGUCACUUCCAAAGUUGGAAGGAGACAUAAAAGCACCUGAUGUUGAUAUCAAUGCUCCAGACUUUAAUAUUCAAGGUCCAAAAGGUGGAUUUGACAUGCCUCACAUAAAAAUGCCUUCCUUUGGCUUCAAGGGCCCUAAAUUGGAGGGUCCAGAUGUUGAUGUAAACCUUCCAAAAGCUAAUAUUGAUGUGAAGGUACCUAAGGUUGACAUUAAAGGCCCAGAAAUUGACAUUGAAGGUCCUGAUGCAAAAUUCAAAACCCCCAACAUAAAAAUGCCAUCACUGUCAGGACCCAAGCUUCCAGAUUGGGACCUUAGUCUAAAGGGGCCCAAAAUGAAGGGAGAUGUUGAUGUGUCUGUUCCAAAGAUCAAAGGUGACAUCAGAACUCCCAAAAUUGACAUUGAAGGACCAGAUGUUGACAUUGAGGGGCCAAAAGGAGGAUUCAAAAUGCCUAAAUUUAAAAUGCCAGGCUUUGGAAUGAAAGGUCCAAAACUUGAAGGAACUGAUGUUGAUGUUAGCUUGCCAGGAACGGAUAUUGAUAUUAAAGCUCCUGGAUUGGAAAUCAAAGGACCAGAAGUCGACCUGGAGAGUCCUAGUGGCAAAAUCAAGGGAACUAAAUUCAAAAUGCCAAGCAUCAGCGGACCAAAGAUCAGUAUGCCAGAUGUGGACUUCAAUCUGAAAGGGCCUUCAUUUAAAGGAGAUAUGUCACUUCCAAAGUUGGAAGGAGACAUAAAAGCACCUGAUGUCGAUAUCAAUGCUCCAGACUUUAAUAUUCAAGGUCCAAAAGGUGGAUUUGACAUGCCUCAUAUAAAAAUGCCUUCCUUUGGCUUCAAGGGGCCUAAAUUGGAAGGUCCAGAUGUUGAUGUAAACCUUCCAAAAGCCAAUAUUGAUGUUAACCUACCUAAGGUUGACAUUAAGGGGCCAGAAAUUGAUAUUGAAGGUCCUGAUGCAAAAUUCAAAACACCUAAAAUUAAAAUGCCAUCACUGUCAGGACCCAAGCUUCCAGAGUGGGACCUCAGUCUAAAGGGGCCCAAAAUGAAGGGAGGUGUAGAUGUGUAUAUUCCAAAGAUAGAAGGUGACAUCAAAACUCCUAAGGUUGACAUUGAAGGGCCAGAAGUUGACAUUGACGGGCACAGAGGAGGAUUCAAAAUGCCGAAAUUUAAAAUGCCACACUUUGGAGGGAAAGGUCCAAAACUUGAAGGGCCUGAUGUGGAUGUCAGCUUGCCAGGAACUGAUAUUGAUAUAAAAGCUCCCGGAUUGGAUAUCAAAGGACCAGAGGUUAACCUGGAGAGUCCUAGUGGCAAAAUCAAGGGAACUAAAUUCAAAAUGCCAACCAUCACCGGACCAAAGAUCAGUAUGCCAGAUGUGGACUUCAAUCUGAAAGGGCCUUCAUUUAAAGGAGAUAUGUCACUUCCAAAGUUGGAAGGAGACAUAAAAGCACCUGAUGUUGAUAUCAAUGCUCCAGACUUUAAUAUUCAAGGUCCAAAAGGUGGAUUUGACAUGCCUCAUAUAAAAAUGCCUUCCUUUGGCUUCAAGGGCCCUAAAUUGGAGGGUCCAGAUGUUGAUGUAAACCUUCCAAAAGCCAAUAUUGAUGUUAACCUACCUAAGGUUGACAUUGAAGGGCCAGAAAUUGACAUUGAAGGUCCUGAUGCCAAAUUCAAAACACCCAAAAUUAAAAUGCCAUCACUGUCAGGACCCAAGCUUCCAGAUUGGGACCUCAGUCUAAAGGGGCCCAAAAUGAAGGGAGGUGUUGAUGUGUCUAUUCCAAAGAUAGAAGGUGACAUAAAAACUCCCAAGGUUGACAUUGAAGGACCAGAAGUUGACAUUGAGGGACACAGAGGAGGAUUCAAAAUGCCGAAAUUUAAAAUGCCACACUUUGGAGGGAAAGGUCCAAAAGUUGAAGGGCCUGAUGUGGAUGUCAGCUUGCCAGGGGCUGAUAUUGAUAUUAAAGCUCCAAGAUUGGAUAUCAAAGGACCAGAGGUUGACCUGGAGAGUCCUAGUGGCAAAAUCAAGGGAACUAAGUUCAAAAUGCCAACAAUCACCGGACCAAAGGUCAGUAUGCCAGAUGUGGACUUCAAUCUGAAAGGGCCUUCAUUUAAAGGAGAUAUGUCACUUCCAAAGUUGGAAGGAGACAUAAAAGCACCUGAUGUUGAUAUCAAUGCUCCAGACUUAAAUAUUCAAGGUCCAAAGGGUGGAUUUGACAUGCCUCAUAUAAAAAUGCCUUCCUUUGGCUUCAAGGGCCCUAAAUUGGAGGGUCCAGAUGUUGAUGUAAACCUUCCAAAAGCUAAUAUUGAUGUUAACCUACCUAAGGUUGACAUUGAAGGGCCAGAAAUUGACAUCGAAGGUCCUGAUGCAAAGUUCAAGACACCCAAAAUUAAAAUGCCAUCACUGUCAGGACCCAAGCUUCCAGAGUGGGACCUCAGUCUAAAGGGGCCCAAAAUGAAGGGAGGUGUUGAUGUGUCUAUUCCAAAGAUAGAAGGUGACAUAAAAACUCCCAAGGUUGACAUUGAAGGACCAGAAGUUGACAUUGAGGGACACAGAGGAGGAUUCAAAAUGCCGAAAUUUAAAAUGCCACACUUUGGAGGGAAAGGUCCAAAAGUUGAAGGGCCUGAUGUGGAUGUCAGCUUGCCAGGUGCUGAUAUUGAUAUCAAAGCUCCCGGAUUGGAUAUCAAAGGACCAGAGGUCGACCUGGAGAGUCCUAGUGGCAAAAUCAAGGGAACUAAAUUCAAAAUGCCAACCAUCACCGGACCAAAGAUCAGUAUGCCAGAUGUGGACUUCAAUCUGAAAGGGCCUUCAUUUAAAGGAGAUAUGUCACUUCCAAAGUUGGAAGGAGACAUAAAAGCACCUGAUGUUGAUAUCAAUGCUCCAGACUUUAAUAUUCAAGGUCCAAAAGGUGGAUUUGACAUGCCUCAUAUAAAAAUGCCUUCCUUUGGCUUCAAGGGCCCUAAAAUGGAGGGUCCAGAUGUUGAUGUAAACCUUCCAAAAGCCAAUAUUGAUGUUAACCUACCUAAGGUUGACAUUGAAGGGCCAGAAAUUGACAUUGAAGGUCCUGAUGCCAAAUUCAAAACACCCAAAAUUAAAAUGCCAUCACUGUCAGGACCCAAGCUUCCAGAUUGGGACCUCAGUCUAAAGGGGCCCAAAAUGAAGGGAGGUGUUGAUGUGUCUAUUCCAAAGAUAGAAGGUGACAUAAAAACUCCCAAGGUUGACAUUGAAGGACCAGAAGUUGACAUUGAGGGACACAGAGGAGGAUUCAAAAUGCCGAAAUUUAAAAUGCCACACUUUGGAGGGAAAGGUCCAAAACUUGAAGGGCCUGAUGUGGAUGUCAGCUUGCCAGGGGCUGAUAUUGAUAUUAAAGCUCCAAGAUUGGAUAUCAAAGGACCAGAGGUUGACCUGGAGAGUCCUAGUGGCAAAAUCAAGGGAACUAAAUUCAAAAUGCCAACCAUCACCGGACCAAAGAUCAGUAUGCCAGAUAUGGACUUCAAUCUGAAAGGGCCUUCAUUUAAAGGAGAUAUGUCACUUCCAAAGUUGGAAGGAGACAUAAAAGCACCUGAUGUUGAUAUCAAUGCUCCAGACUUUAAUAUUCAAGGUCCAAAAGGUGGAUUUGACAUGCCUCAUAUAAAAAUGCCUUCCUUUGGCUUCAAGGGCCCUAAAUUGGAGGGUCCAGAUGUUGAUGUAAACCUUCCAAAAGCUAAUAUUGAUGUUAACCUACCUAAGGUUGACAUUGAAGGGCCAGAAAUUGACAUUGAAGGUCCUGAUGCAAAGUUCAGGACACCCAAAAUUAAAAUGCCAUCACUGUCAGGACCCAAGCUUCCAGAUUGGGACCUCAGUCUAAAGGGGCCCAAAAUGAAGGGAGGUGUUGAUGUGUCUAUUCCAAAGAUAGAAGGUGAUAUCAAAACUCCCAAGGUUGACAUUGAAGGACCAGAAGUUGACAUUGAGGGACACAGAGGAGGAUUCAAAAUGCCGAAAUUUAAAAUGCCACACUUUGGAGGGAAAGGUCCAAAACUUGAAGGGUCUGAUGUGGAUGUCAGCUUGCCAGGAACUGAUAUUGAUAUAAAAGCUCCCGGAUUCGAUAUCAAAGGACCAGAGGUUGACCUGGAGAGUCCUAGUGGCAAAAUCAAGGGAUCUAAAUUCAAAAUGCCAACUAUCAGCGGACCAAAGAUCAGUAUGCCAGAUGUGGACUUCAAUCUAAAAGGGCCUUCAUUUAAAGGAGAUAUGUCACUUCCAAAGUUGGAAGGAGACAUAAAAGCACCUGAUGUUGAUAUCAAUGCUCCAGACUUUAAUAUUCAAGGUCCAAAAGGUGGAUUUGAGAUGCCUCAUAUAAAAAUGCCUUCCUUUGGCUUCAAGGGCCCUAAAUUGGAGGGUCCAGAUGUUGAUGUAAACCGUCCAAAAGCUAAUUUUGAUGUUGACCUACCUAAGGUUGACAUUACAGGGCCAGAAAUUGACAUUGAAGGUCCUGAUGCAAAAUUCAAAACACCCAACAUAAAAAUGCCAUCACUGUCAGGACCCAAGCUUCCAGAAUGGGACCUUAGUCUAAAGGGGCCCAACAUGAAGGGAGGUGUUGAUGUGUCUAUUCCAAAGAUCGAAGGUGACAUCAGAGCUCCCAAAAUUGACAUUGAAGGACCAGAUGUUGACAUUGAGGGGCCAAAAGGAGGAUUCAAAAUGCCUAAAUUUAAAAUGCCAGGCUUUGGAGUGAAAGGUCCAAAACUUGAAGGUCCAGAAGUUGAUGUCAGCUUGCCAGAUGUUGACAUUGAGGGUCCUAGUGGCAAUAUCAAGGGAACCAAAUUCAAAAUGCCAACCAUCACCGGACCAAAGAUCAGUAUGCCAGAUGUUGACUUCAAUCUGAAAGGGCCCUCAUUUAAAGGUGAUAUGUCACUUCCAAAGUUUGAGGGAGACUUAAAAGCACCUGGUGUUGAUAUCGACGCUCCAGAGAUUGAUCUUAAAGGCCCCAAGGUUGAUGUUUCGGGUCCAAAAGGUGGAUUUGAAAUGCCCCAUAUAAAAAUGCCUUCCUUUGGCUUCAAGGGACCUAAAUUGGAGGGUCCAGAUGUUGAUGUAAACCUUCCAAAAGCUAAUAUUGAUGUGAACGUACCUAAGGUUGACAUUAAAGGCCCAGAAAUUGACAUUGAAGGACCAGAUUUUGACAUUGAGGGGCCAAAAGGAGGAUUCAAAAUGCCUAAAUUUAAAAUGCCAGGCUUUGGAGUGAAAGGUCCAAAACUUGAAGGACCUGAUGUUGAUGUCAGCUUGCCAGGAACGGAUAUUGAUAUUAAAGCUCCCGGAUUGGAUAUCAAAGGACCAGAGGUCGACCUGGAGAGUCCUAGUGGCAAAAUCAAGGGAACUAAAUUCAAAAUGCCAAGCAUCAGUGGACCAAAGAUCAGUAUGCCAGAUGUGGACUUCAAUCUUAAAGGGCCUUCAUUUAAAGGAGAUAUGUCACUUCCAAAGCUGGAAGGAGACAUAAAAGCACCUGAUGUUGAUAUCAAUGCUCCAGACUUUAAUAUUCAAGGUCCAAAAGGUGGAUUUGACAUGCCUCAUAUAAAAAUGCCUUCCUUUGGCUUCAAGGGCCCUAAAUUGGAGGGUCCAGAUGUUGAUGUAAACCUUCCAAAAGCUAAUAUUGAUGUGAAGGUACCUAAGGUUGACAUUAAAGGCCCAGAAAUUGACAUUGAAGGUCCUGAUGCAAAAUUCAAAACCCCCAACAUAAAAAUGCCAUCACUGUCAGGACCCAAGCUUCCAGAUUGGGACCUAAGUCUAAAGGGGCCCAAAAUGAAGGGAGAUGUUGAUGUGUCUGUUCCAAAGAUCGAAGGUGACAUCAGAGCUCCCAAAAUUGACAUUGAAGGACCAGAUGUUGACAUUGAAGGGCCAAAAGGAGGAUUCAAAAUGCCUAAAUUUAAAAUGCCAGGCUUUGGAGGGAAAGGUCCAAAACUUGAAGGUCCAGAAGUUGAUGUCAGCUUGCCGGAUGUUGACCUUGAGGGUCCUAGUGGCAAUAUCAAGGGAACCAAAUUCAAAAUGCCAACCAUCACCGGACCAAAGAUCAGUAGGCCAGAUGUUGACUUCAAUCUGAAAGGGCCCUCAUUUAAAGGUGAUAUGUCACUUCCAAAGUUUGAAGGAGACUUAAAAGCACCUGGUGUUGAUAUCGACGCUCCAGAGAUUGAUCUUAGAGGCCCCAAGGUUGAUGUUUCGGGUCCAAAAGGUGGAUUUGAAAUGCCUCAUAUAAAAAUGCCUUCCUUUGGCUUCAAGGGACCUAAAUUGGAGGGUCCAGAUAUUGAUGUAAACCUUCCAAAAGCUAAUAUUGAUGUGAACGUACCAAAGGUUGACAUUAAAGGCCCAGAAAUUGACAUUGAAGGUCCUGAUGCAAAAUUCAAAACCCCCAACAUAAAAAUGCCAUCACUGUCAGGACCCAAGCUUCCAGAGUGGGACCUUAGUCUAAAGGGGCCAAAAAUGAAGGGAGAUGUUGAUGUGUCUGUUCCAAAGAUCGAAGGUGACAUCAGAGCUCCCAAAAUUGACAUUGAAGGACCAGAUGUUGACAUUGAGGGGCCAAAAGGAGGAUUCAAAAUGCCUAAAUUUAAAAUGCCAGGCUUUGGAGUGAAAGGUCCAAAACUUGAAGGUCCAGAAGUUGAUGUCAGCUUACCGGAUGUUGACCUUGAGGGUCCUAGUGGCAAUAUCAAAGGAACCAAAUUCAAAAUGCCAACCAUCAGCGGACCAAAGAUCAGUAUGCCAGAUGUUGACUUGAAUCUGAAAGGGCCCUCAUUUAAAGGUGAUAUGUCACUGCCAAAGUUCGAAGGAGACUUAAAAGCACCUGGUGUUGAUAUCGACGCUCCAGAGAUUGAUCUUAAAGGCCCCAAGGUUGAUGUUUCGGGUCCAAAAGGUGGAUUUGAAAUGCCUCAUAUAAAAAUGCCUUCAUUUGGAUUCAAGGGCCCUAAAUUGGAGGGUCCAGAUGUUGACGUAAACCUUCCAAAAGCUAAUAUUGAUGUGAACGUACCUAAGGUUGACAUUAAAGGGCCAGAAAUUGACAUUGAAGGUCCUGAUGCAAAAUUCAAAGGAACCAAGAUCAAAUUGCCAUCACUGUCAGGACCCAAGCUUCCAGAGUGGGAUCUUAGUCUGAAGGGGCCCAACAUGAAGGGAAAUGUUGAUAUGUCUGGUCCAACGAUCGAGGGUGACAUAAAAGCUCCCAAGGUUGAUAUUGAAGGACCAGAUUUAGACUUCGAGGGUCAGAAAGGUGGAUUUAAAAUGCCCAAGUUUACAAUGCCAACAUUUGGUGGUAAAGGUCCUAAACUUGAAGGCCCAGAAAUUGAUGUCAGCCUUCCAACAGCAGACAUUGAUAUUAAAGCACCUGAAGUGGAUAUCACUGGACUAGAUGCUGACAUUGAGAGUUCUAGUGGUAAGUUUAAAGGGCCCAGAUUCAACGUGCCCAAUAUUUCAGGACCUAAACUCUCCAUGCCCAGUGUGGAUUUCAAUCUGAAAGGUUCCACUCCUAAAGGGGGUGUUGAUGUCUCAGUUCCAAAGCUUGAAGGACCUGAACUCAAAUCACCAACCAUGACAAUAGAAGGUGGAAAGACAGGUGUUACGUUUCCCAAGUUCAAGGGUCCUAAGUUUGGACUGAAAUCUCCAGAAGUUGAAGGUCCUGAUAUAAUGGUUAAAAAACCCAUGUUCAGUGUGGGAGCUAAAGGUUCCAAAACAGAUGUACAUCUCCCAGACACUGAAGCAAGUCUGGAUGCCCCUGAUAUUGACAUCAGUGUAAAGGGGAAACGGGGUAAAUUUAAGCUUCCUAAAGUGAAAGCAAAGGCAAAGAAACCUGAUUUUGACAUAGCAACACCAGCUGUAGAUGUUGAUGUAGACACACCAAAUAUUCAUGUCAAAGGAACAAAGGUAAAGAAGCCUAUGUUUGGUAAGCUUCAUUUUCCUGAUGUGGAAUUUGAUAUGAAAUCACCUAAAUCAAAAGGCGCUGGGUCUUUAUCUGAGGGACUGAAAUCACCUGAUAUAGAGUUGCCAUCUGUAGGCCUGAACGCUGCUUCUGAUGGAUCUUCUAUGACUACUGAUGCAAAUCUUUCACUGGGCAGUGCAAGUGGUGGCCUUCAAUACCCAGAGGGUACAGUCACAUUCCCCAAAAUCAAGGUACCAAAAUUUGGUAUUGCUCUCCCUCAGCUAAAAGGCCAAGAAGGUGGAGGAAAUGUCAAAUCUGAAUUUUCAGUAACUGGAGGAAUAAAUCUACAGCCUCCGUCUGUUAGUGCCCAGAAUGUUGAGGUUGCCAGUCCAGAACUAAAGCAAAGUAAAGUAAGGGUAAAGAUGCCAAAACUAUUUGGCAAAUCAAAAGCAAAGGGCAGUAGUGUAGGUGACGUUCGGGGACCUGAGGGAGAAUUCAGUGCCAGUGGAAAAGGAAGUAAAGACCUAAGUGUACACACUGGGGAAUUAAAACUAGAAGGUGAUCCUGGACUUGGUGUGUCAACUAAAGGCAAGUCAGCCUCACUGGAUCUUUUCAAGAAAUCAAGGCAUCGAUCGUCGUCUCUGAGUGAUGAGGGAGGGCUUGCAGUCAGUUCUCCUUCAGUUCACCUAGAUGCUGAGGGUGGCGACGUUUCAUUAGACAUGGGAGGAAGCAAGGUCAAAGGAAAGAAAAGCAAGUUGAAGUUUGGCACCUUUGGAGGGUUUGGUGCAAAGUCUAAGGGCUCAUAUGAAGUGUCACUUGGUGAGGGCAGUGAAGCAGGAGCAGAGGGAAGUGCAGGUCUGUCCCUACCCUCUAAAAAGUCAAGGUUGUCUUCAUCUUCCAGCAGUGACAGUGUUUCAAGAGGCGGUUUUAGGUUCCCAAGACUUGAACUAUCGGUCUCACCCAAAAAAUAAUUGGUUAUGAAGCCAAUUCAACUCUCUUGUACAGUCAAAAAUACUCUCUUAGAACGGUAAAUUCUUUAAACAUCACUUUGUUUUAAUCUCUGAAGACACACAGUGAUCUUAAUGUCAUUAACAAUAAGUAAUUUUUUUCUUUUUUUUUAAUAAUUAGUCAGGAGUGCAUGAGAUUGUUUAAAAUCCCUUCAAACUGUAAAUAAGAUUAAUUUGUAUUGUAAUAAUAAAUAUUGUUUUGUACAUAGUCCAGAUUUAUUGAAAAUAUGCCAUAUCACCGAAUAUCCAUCAAUAGUUUAUUACAGGGUUUGUCAUUUUGUCCUACUACAUUCUAUGAAAUCAAUGUUUUAAUGAACGGGUGUGGUAUGUUUGUAUCCAGGGGUCUAUUGCACAGAAUAGAUCGUUACAUUAGUUAUUUUGAAGGAAAAUCCUGUUUAUACACAAAACACAAAUACAAACAGUUACCAGUUUUUCUUAAUGAAAUCAUUUUUAUUUUCAAGCCUUGAUAUAAUAUAACCGUUGUAGAAGUAUAUUUAUGUAACAGAGAGCUGGCCAGGGGAGGACUUGGAGCAUCAGACCUCGAAUUUUGGAGGCUAACUAAUGUAACAGAUAAAAAUUAGUCUCUGGAAAUAGGUAUUUUCUCAAUAACUCAGUCUGUUAUUUUGUUGGUUGAAUUCAUUAUGAGGUUUAUUCACAGAGUGGUAAUGACAAAUCAUACAUUUUUUAAGUCAGAAUUUUCUCUGAAAUUGUCUCACACGCAGUCUUCAAUUUUUUUUCUCAUUAAUUUUAUUUAUUAUUUUUCAUUGCUUGAUUCAGUUUAAUUAAUUUUGUAUAUUUUAAUUCAUUCAUUCAUUAAUUUGUUAUCUCACUAAAUCAUUCAUAUAUUCACAGACUGAACUAAUGUGACGUCCUAUUUACAGGAAGUUCGCUUUUUAAAAAAUCACUCUAACUUCUAACCUAAUGCUUCGAAACAAUGCGCACUUUGAAAUGAGUGCAGUCCGCCACUGGCUGUCGCUAACACAUUCACAUUCUGAAGGGUGAUGGUGUUGUAUACACCAUUAUUGCAAAGACAAUCACUGUUUAGAAAAAACUAUCAACUCUUUAAAAUGCUGUCAGUACUUCUCUGUUCAUUUUUAAGCAAAUCAAUUCACCUUCAAAUUGUAUGUGAAUUACCCAAAAUAUGCAUUUGUGUCACUUGUUUUAAACAGUUUUUGCUUCAUUAUUUUGUCAUUUUCAUUCUUACCUUUUUUACGAUCCUCUGUAUUUUAUUUCUUUUGUCACUCUCUGUACACACUGCUUAUGAAUAUGUAAAGCCAUGUCACAAAUAUAGACAUUUGUAUUUCAUUUGUAUCCAAACAUAUGCAUUGAUAAAGAGUUGCAUAGUUUGGAUGAGAUAUGAUGAAAAUGGAACACAAUAUUUUGGGUCUAUUCUUUUGUUUGCAUUCUGCCAAAGAAACUAAAUAAAAAAUUUAUAGAAUUAAUAA